CUAAGCGGCACUUUUGCGCUAGUCAACCAGGGACACUUCUACCCAGACAGUUACUCCUGGUGCUGCUCUGCCCAACUCUGUUUCUUCAGAAGAGGGCUUCGGAAUUACUACUACCACUACUACUACUACCACUACUACUACUAUUACGACUACUACUAUUACUAGCUGGUGCUGAAGAACUCCUCUCGGUCGUCUCUUACCGUUGAUGACAUCCGAAUCUGUGAAGAUGAAUAUCGGCUUCGUUGCUCUAUUGACGUGCACGUUACUUGUUGGUUCAACCCUGGGGACUAAGCUAGGCCAGCCGCCCAAACCCCCCUGCAAACCGGGCUUCUCCCAGAACUUCUACACAGUGAUUGUCUCAAGGGAUAUACUGCGUGGCCAAAGCAUUCUUAAAGGAACCACCCUUUCCAGUGAGCGUGUGAAGUUUGAGAGCUGCCUGCACAACCGGGAGGUGGUCUUUGUGAGCAGCGACCCGGCCUUCAGCGUGCGCUCCGAUGGCUCCGUGUACGUGGAGCAGGAGGUGGCCAACCUGUCGAAGCCCGUCCAGUUCAUGGUCACGGCCCGGGGGCUCCGGGACACCCGGAUCUGGGAGACCACCGUGAAGCUCGCGGUGGCCGGCCACGCGCCCUCAAUACCUCUGACACAGGUCGGCAUUGAAGAGAUGCUGUCAAGAGCAUGGGACUCGCAGCCCAGACUCAUCAAGUUCCCCCGGAAGCAUCUGAGGAGCUCCUCCUCCAACAGUCUGCGGCGACAGAAGAGAGACUGGGUCAUUCCACCAAUCAACGUGCCCGAAAACUCCCGAGGGCCAUUCCCCCAGAUGCUUGUCAGGAUCCGCUCGGACCAGGACGUGACGGUGGGGAUUCGCUACAGCAUCACCGGGGCCGGGGCCGACCAGCCUCCCAGCGACAUCUACAGCAUAGACCCCGUCAAUGGGAAGAUGUUCGUCACCAAACCCCUGGACCGGGAGGAGAGGGCCUCCUACCAUCUUCGAGCGCACGCGGUGGACAUGAACGGGAACCAGGUGGAGAACCCUAUAGACCUCUACAUCUACGUCAUCGACAUGAACGACAACAGGCCCGAGUUCCAGAACCAGGUCUACAACGGCUCCGUGGACGAGGGAUCAAAACCAGGCUCGUCGGUCAUGCAGGUGACCGCCGGCGACGCGGACGACUUCACCACCGCCAACGGCAUGGUGCGCUACCGCAUCCUGUCCCAGACGCCACACAACCCCAUCCCCAACAUGUUCACCAUCAACAGUGAGACGGGCGACAUCAUCACCGUGGCCGCCGGACUGGACAGAGAGAAAGUCUCCCAGUACACCAUCAUAGUCCAGGCCACGGACAUGGAGGGCAACCUGAACUACGGCCUCUCCAACACGGCCACCGCCCUCAUCUCCAUCACCGACAUCAAUGACAACCCUCCUGAGCUCACCGACAAAACGUUCUCGGGCGAGGUCCCUGAGAACAAGGUGAACGUGGUGGUGACCAACCUGACGGUGGUGGACCGCGACCAGCCGCACAGCGUCAACUGGAACGCCGUGUACCGCAUCGCCAGCGGCGACCCCUCCGGCCACUUCACCGUCCGCACCAACCCCGUCACCAACGAGGGCAUGCUCACCGUUGUCAAGCCCGUGGACUUUGAGAUGAACCGGGCCUUCAUGCUGAUGGUGGUGGUCUCCAACCAGGCCCACCUGGCCAGCGGCAUCCAGUCCUCCCUGUCGUCCACGGCGGGGGUCACCAUCUCGGUCCAGGACGUCAACGAGCCCCCCGUCUUCCCCGUCAACCCCAAGCUGAUCCGCUUCGAGGAGGGCGUGCCGGCCGGGACCACGCUCACCGUGUUCUCGGCUCAGGACCCCGACCACUUCAUCCACCAGACCGUCAGGUACUCCAAGCUGUCCGACCCUGCUAACUGGCUGAGGAUCAACAGGACCAACGGUCAGAUCAGCACCAUGGCCCUGUUGGACCGGGAGUCCAUGUAUGUGAAGAACAAUGUGUACGAGGCCACCUUCCUGGCCUUCGACAAUGGUAAGUCUGGCGCGCCCCAGGCCAGCGGUACGGGGACCCUCCAGAUCUACCUGAUCGACGUCAACGACAACGCCCCGGUGCUGAUGCCCCGCGAGGGCCAGGUGUGCGAGCGCGCGCGGCCCGCCUCCCGCGUCAACAUCACGGCCUCGGACGCCGACGGAGACCCCAACGUGGGGCCCUUCGUCUUCGAGCUGCCCUCCUUCCCCGCCAGCGUCCGGCGCAACUGGACCGUGUCCCGGCUCAACGGCGACUACGCCCAGCUGAGGCUGAAGAUCCCCUACCUUGAGUCCGGGUUCUACGACAUCCCCGUGUUCGUGUCCGACUCGGGGAACCCGCCGCUCUCCAACCGCUCGGUGAUCCGCAUCAAGGUGUGUCCGUGCGACGACAACGGAGACUGCAGCGCCACCGGGGCGGUGGCGGCGGCCGGCCUGGGCACCGGCGCCAUCAUCGCCAUCCUCAUCUGCAUCAUCAUCCUCCUCACCAUGGUGCUGAUCUUCGUCAUGUGGAUGAAGAGGAGGGAGAAGGAGCGCCAGGCCAAGCCCUUGCUCAUCGACCCCGAAGACGACGUUCGAGACAACAUCCUCAAGUACGACGAGGAGGGAGGUGGCGAAGAGGACCAGGACUAUGACCUGAGCCAGCUGCAGCAGCCCGAGUCUCUGGAUCACAUCAUCAAUAAGCCGGCGGGGGUGCGCCGGGUGGAUGAGAGGCCCGUGAUCGCAGAGUCCCAGUACCCCGUCCGGCCCAGCCUGCCUCACCCCGGGGACAUCGGAGACUUCAUCAUCGACGGUCUGCGGGCGGCGGACAACGACCCCACGGCGCCCCCCUACGACUCCCUGCUGGUGUUCGACUACGAGGGCAGCGGCUCCACCGCCGGCUCCGUCAGCUCCCUCAACUCCUCCAGCUCCGGGGACCAGGACUACGACUACCUCAACGACUGGGGCCCGCGCUUCAAGAAGCUGGCCGACCUCUACGGCGGAGGGGAGGAGAACUGAGGUAGAGGAGGAGGAGGGGGAGGAGGAGGAGGAGGAGGGGACGUGGGGGCCAUCGGGGGCCGUGGUGCGGAGGUGGUGGGGACGGUGGUGGUUGUGGUGGUGGUGGUGGUGGAGGUUUGGGAGUGGCAGAGUGUGUACUUCGUUAGAAAGCACCCCCUUGAACCCCACAGGCAGUGUGGGAGGUAAGGCAGCCCCCCCCCCCCCCCCCCCGUCCUCUCCGUCCUCCCCUCCUCCCGUCCUCCUUCCCCCAAGACCCCCGGCAUGGACUCCAUGGUGGACCUGUGACUACUACUGGACGCUGUUCACAUGCUGGGUCGGGUUCCACGCAGCAACUGAACCCUGGACCGUGAGCCACUCGACUGUAUUACGGCUUCUUUUUUUUUACAGUGGAGAGGGGAUGUAUUGUGUGAGUUGUUUUUUUUCUUACAUUCUUUUCAUUGCCGUGCCGUCCGCGAGUUCUCUGAAGAGGGUAGAGAAACGCUCAAGUCUAGUGAUUGUGUGAAUAGUUUUCUGAAACAAAUCAUUUACUAUUUUAUCUUUUUUUUUGCUUUUGUCUUAACACUGAAGACUUGUCUCAGCACCGGGAGGAACGAGAAACAGGCUCUCACUCAGUCUCCACUCGGUCCACUCAAACCCUUUUUCCUUAGAACAGAAGCACUGUUGUUUUAUAAAGUGCCUUUUGUGGUGUGUUUUUGUAUCAGACUCUGCUAUCUCAGGGUCGGUUGCCUUCGUUGCAGUCUCUUGCAGCACGCUCCCUCCCCACCCCUCACCACCCCCCCCCCCCCCCCCCCCCCCCCCCCCCCCCCACUCAGCCCUGUCCGGGACCCUCCUGUGCCCUUUGCAGCAGCCGAUGAACAACCCCAGCAGCUAAGACGCGAAGGUCUCAUCAAGGGCAAGCUGGAGGUGGACACGGUGGUGCUGUCGGUUGUGGUGAUGAUAGCAGCGAUGAAUUCAGCUCCCAGACCAAAAGAUAAAAAAUUAAAAAAAGGGUAAAACAGGAGCCUUGAGAUACUGCUUGAAACGAUCCAUUGGACCUUUCGCUCAUAAAGAGCCGAGACUCCCUUUGCGUUGGCACCAACGCAAACGGGAAAAACCGUGUGGGCGAAACAUGCCAUCAUGUGGAUGGGGGAGGUGGGUUCCCAGCCAAGAGGGAGAACGGAGUGCGUCUGCCCUCGCUUCGUGGACUCAAUACGUUAGUGAGCCGUUAUGUUGAGAUGCUUGCCUGCCGUAUAUGGUUUUGUGUUGCUUUCUCCACAGUGUAAAGCUUAUAUAGGCAUGAACAGAGUAGUGAGAUGAUGUAGGACUACAAGGGACUUGGGAACGACCUCCGAAACGCAGGCAUUCGGAGUAGUUUUUUUUUGAUGGAUUUCUCUUGCCUUGAACAUUCCCAUUUUUUAUAGAUUGAAAAAAAAAUAAAGAAUUAAAAGGUGCAUGUAUUCUUUUUUCCUUUUUUCGUUUUGUUUUUUUUCCCCAAAAUGUUUUACUUGAUGCACUUAUUACUAUGUGGUGAGAAUGUUGAAUUAGUAAGGGGAAACUAUAUGAAUAUACUCUGUAUAAAGACACUGAGAAAAAGAACUACUACUGUAAAAUACCUAUUUUUGAAGUAUUAAUUCCAUUAAACGUUGCUGCUCUCUUCUCUUCACAACAGGCUAAGAAGUCGUUGGUACCUGUUUGGCCCUUUCAUUUUUAAAAUGUCGGUUUUCCGUUUAUUUUCUUUAUCGUUUUCAGAGUUUCCAUUUUGUUGAAGAAGUUUGCCGUUGCCUUUUAUCUUUUAUUUAUUUUCUUUUUUAAUUUUGCAAAAUUAUUUUCUAGGAAUUUGAAGUGUAGUUUUGUUGUACUUUAUUCUUUGUGUAUAAAACGCAGCCUCACCUCUCUAACCGCGUUGUCUUCAACAAGCGCGCCUCCUUGGUUUGCGCGGGGGACAGGAUGUUGAAGGGUAUAAUAGCCAUGCCUGCUGAUAGUUGUUCUAUUACUAAGUGUAUCAAUAUUCUUUUCCUCAUUCAUCUAAAUACUGGAAAUGUGCUUUAAAAAAAUAAAAACGAGAAUUGUUUUGAAAUUUGAAAAAUGGA